GUCCCACCACACAGUUUGGAGGAACUAGAGGAACAUACACACCCUAGGAUUGGUGUGUAUGUGAUUGUGACUGACUGACUGUGCGUGUGUGGGUCUGUGUGACAUCCCUCCUGGUAAUAAAUGAGUAAACUUCAAUCUUUUCAAACUCCUGUGAAAGGAGCCGUGACAACUUGCGAUCCCAUCCCGAGCGAUCGCGUGUGAAGAGUUGUCUUUGUUUAGUACAUCUGGCCCUCGUCGGACCCUACGAUGACAACUGCCUUGUAGUGGGAGGCCGCCCUUCAGACAGAUAAGGAUCAACGCAGGGCCAUCGCUUGUCUGGUGUCGAAGAGAGCUGGUUAAAGGCAAGAUUAAGGCUAUCCCUGAGCUGAACUCUUCCAGCACUAUAGACCAGUGAUUCCCUCCUGUAAGACGAUUAUUGUCACGCUCACAUAAACCAUCACAAGAAGGGGCUGCAGAGAGAAGUCAGAGAGCUGAGGUAUUGCUCUACUUCAUCCCAAACCCUCUGACUGACGUUGAUACAUCUGCCUUGUUGGCUACGACCCUCUGCACAGACUGUAGCUGAGGAUACUAUUCAGCAGAAAUGGCUCCUGCAGUCGGUGGCCCUCAAGGAUACACGCCCCCGGAGGGUGGCUGGGGAUGGAUGGUGGUGAUCGGCGCCUUCAUCUCCAUCGGCUUCUCCUACGCCUUCCCAAAGUCCAUCACCGUCUUCUUCAAGGAGAUUGAGGUCAUCUUCGAUGUUACUAGCAGCCAGGUGUCGUGGAUUUCAUCCAUUAUGCUGGCGUGUAUGUAUGGAGGAGGUCCAAUCAGCAGCAUCCUGGUUAAUAAGUACGGGAGUCGCGCUGUGAUGAUGUUCGGGGGCUGCUUGUCCGGAUCGGGCCUCAUCGCCGCCUCUUUCUGCAACUCCAUCCAGGCGCUCUAUUUCUGUAUUGGAGUUGUGGGAGGCUUGGGAUUAGCCUUCAACCUCAACCCAGCACUUACAAUGAUCGGAAAGUACUUCUUCAAGAAGAGACCCAUUGCCAACGGCAUCGCCAUGGCCGGCAGCCCUGUCUUCCUCUCCACCCUGGCACCGAUCAACACCUGGUUCUUCGACAAGUUUGGCUGGAGAGGAAGCUUUCUGAUCCUUGGGGGCCUUCUCUUCAACUGCUGUGUGGCAGGUUCUCUCAUGCGACCCAUCGGGCCCAAACCCAAACCGGUUGAGAGGGGCACGGAGAGGAGGACCGCAUCACAGAUCAUGAACAGCUUCAUUGACUUCACCCUGUUCAAGCACCGCGGCUUCCUGCUGUAUCUCAUGGGCAACUUCAUCAUGUUCUUCGGCCUCUUCGCCCCACUCGUUUUCCUCAGUAAUUUCGGCAAGAGUAGAGAUAUCCCCAAAGAGAAGGCUGCUUUUUUGCUUUCCGUACUCGCUUUUGUAGAUAUGGUGGCAAGGCCCUCCAUGGGCAUGGUGGCCAACACCAAGUGGAUCCGACCAAGAAUACAAUACUUCUUUGCUGCGUCUGUCUUGUACAACGGUGUGUGCCAUGUGAUGGCACCUUUAUCUGUGACCUACACAGGCUUUGUGAUUUAUGCCAUUUUCUUCGGCUUCGCCUUCGGCUGGCUGAGCUCGGUGCUGUUUGAGACCUUGAUGGAUAUCGUUGGGGCUCAGCGCUUCUCCAGUGCUGUGGGGCUGGUCACCAUUGUGGAGUGUGGCCCUGUGCUGCUAGGACCACCUCUAUUGGGGAGGUUCAAAGACAUCUACAAUGAUUACAAGUACACCUACCAGGGAUGCGGUAUUAUCCUCAUUGUUUCCAGUGUGUUCCUCUUCUUUGCCAUGGGCAUCAACUAUCGUCUAAUGGACAAAGAGAAGAAGGAGGAAGAGAGAAGGGUUAAGGUAGAGGGUAGGAGAUAUGAGCCAAAUAAAAGCAAAGCAGUGUCAAAGGUGGCAGAAGAUACUGUCUAACUAAUCGAUUCUUUACUGAGCUGAAUUUUUUGUAUUUGGACAUAUAACAACCAAGAAAUAUAGUUUCUAUAAUAUAAUUAUCUUUUUACUUCUGUACUGUUUAACACUCUGAAGUUGAUAUUCAAUAUACUACUAAACCUCCAAGCCUCACUUUCCAAGUUCAUUAUUUUUCAGGCACACAGGAUGGCCUGAAUGUGUCUGAUUUGUCUGAUGUGAUUGUAGUCUAGCCCACUCAAUCAGGAGUGCAUGGCAAUGAUGACCAUACAAUGUAUUCAUGCAUUUAAUUAUGACUUAAAUGAAAAAUAAAUCACUGUAACCAUAACAAA